ACCGAGCAGGGUUCAGUGAGUGGCGGUGAGAGCGGAAGAGCAGACACAAGGAACCUUCUACCUUGUCCACCAUCACAGGUCUUGUACACCAUCACAGGUCUUGUCCACCAUCACAGGUCUUGCACACCAACACAACUCCAUCAAAAUGCUGCGCGUCGUUCUUGUCGUCUGCCUGGCCGUCUGUGUUCUCAGCCAGGCACCGCCCCAGGGGGAGAAGAAGGUGGUGCACGACUGUACCAAGUGUGACCCCAACAAGUGUGUGGACGUGUCACAAUACUGCCGGCCAGGCGUCACCCGCGUCAAGAAUGAGUGCGGCUGCCUCGUCUGCCCUGAGCUCCACGGAGACCUGACGCAUGCCCACCACGACCAUUGCAUCAACUCCGGCGACAACCACCAUGACUUCGAUCACGACCACACCGGACACGACGCGUUCUGCUGUGGUCUUGGACACGAUGGGUAAACCACCACUUAGGAAGACUCCUUGGAGGUCCCCAAAGUAAUGAUCUCCCAGAGAAGAACCUUACUUGGGAACCUCUAGGGAAGAGUUCGAGGACAGGCCCUAGCAGAUAACGAAUAGAAGACUAACCCUUGGAGAGUUAUAUCCUCAUAGAGUUAUAUCCUCAUAAUUAUAGAGUUACCUCAUAAUUAUAGAGUUAUAUCCUCAUAAUUAUAGAGUUAACCCUUAUAGAGUUAUAUCCUCAUAGAGUUAUAUCCUCAUAAAGUUAUAUCCUCAUAGACACCAACCCAGACCAGACUCCCUUAGGUCACUAAGGACAGACCCCUAUGUCACCAUGGAUAGACCCGCAGGUGCCGAAGGACAUACGCCUUGUAGAGCCUCCAAAGUAAUACCCAGCCAGGAGAGACCUUCAUAUCGGGACCCCAUCAAGAAGACUCGGAAGAGGGAGCCACAGAAAAAGCUCAACAGAAGCUUUUCCUAGUGAGGAGUCCUUACCUAUUUUCCUGAUUUGUCUUGGGUAUUUAUACAGAUAUAAUUUGACAACUACUUGUUAUUUCUAAAUAAAUAAAGAUUUAUAAUUGACAUAAGAAACUUGAUUUAGCAGCUGUUAUUAGACCUAACUUGUGUAAUGUUAUGUUCUGAAAUAAAUGUUUAAUACAAAAAAGUUA